UUUUUUAGGAAAUUUUCAGUUUAUAUACCAAUUUAUAAUGUCAUUUAUUAAAAAUCAAAUUAUUAAAAGAUUAGAAAAGUUUAUUAAAAACUUAUCUUCGGAUAUGCUAAGCAUUAGUUUGGUUAAGGGAGAGGCUAUGCUAACAGAUGUGAAAAUAGAUGAAAAAGCAUUAAUGGAUAUAUUAAAACUACCUCAUUUUAUAGUAUUGAACAGUGCAAUAUGUAAUUCAGUAUUUAUUAAGAUACCUUGGACAAAAUUAAAAAGUGACCCUAUUUAUUUGGCAUUUGAUUGUGUUGAAAUUCCAUUAUUGAAUCAGCUAAGUAAUUUAUUUGAAAUUAGUUAUAAAUGCACAUGGCUGAUUUGUAAACCUGGAAAUUGGCAUUAAAAGGAAGGAAUAUGCGACUGUGAUCACCAUUAAAAUAAAAUAAAUAAAUUUAGAUUAAUUUUAUUACCACUUAAUAUAGCAAAUUGGAUAAAUGUCUAUCCUCUUUAUGAGCUCCCCAUAAUAUAUAUAAGCCACUCCAAACAUCAUGAGACAAUACAAAGCUUGAAUCUUGAUUUUAUGUCAAGUACUAGUGGAUAUAGCAGUUACAACAAAAUGAUUCAUAAUUUACAAUUAUCCACAUCUUAUAAUUCACUAGUUGAUAAAAUUAUUGAAGGAGUCAAAAUGAGUAUCAACAUAGUGUUAGUCACAAUAUAUUGUCCUGAAAAUUUUCGAGCCAUAAUUGAAUUAACAUCUGUGGUGGUUCAAAGCACAUCGUAUAAUUGGAAACCCUGUAGUUUAAAAGCAUCUAGAAUAUCCCUCAAAGAAUAUGGAACUUAUAUACAUUUUAAAGAGAUCCAAUGGAAUAAUACGAGAAUAGAAAUACAAAUUUUCAACGAAAAUCUUGAACCAACUGCUCAUAUUCAAUCUACCACACCUCAAUCUCUAAUUAAGAUAAUAACUAAUCAAAACAAGUUACGCGUUGUGACCCAAAAAAUUUUGCCAAGUUUACAUAUCAAGAACUCUAACAGUUCACUCAAAAUACUCAACAUAUCUCCUUCGAAUACCCCAUCCGAUUCAAAUACUCCACUCCCUAAUCAUCAUUCUAAUCAAGCAUUCCCCCAAAAUAACCUUAUAUUUGUCCGGAGUUGCUUUAUGGUUGAAGAUUUGUUAUGGGUCAUCAACGAAACCCAGAUCCCUGAUAUUAUAUUCAUACUAUCGGCUGUUCUUAGGGUAUCCAACAAUUAUAAAACACUCCUAAACAGUGCCGUAUUUAAUCAGCCUUCCAAUCCGAACCCUCUUUUGAUUCCCUUGCUAAGUAAAUCGCUCGCUAACAACCAAAUCACUCCCGAAAAAUACGCGUCUUUCUUGGAACAUUGUGUAACUGAAGAAUUCACUCAGCUCUUUAUCAACAAAAUUGAUUUUCACCUUUGCCAAACCCAACCACAGAUUUUAUCAAUUACCAACCCUAGGGUAAAAGUUAAGAAUGAAGAAUUGAAGUCUCUUCAGGUCGUGGUGGAAAGUUUGCACUUAGACUUUUACCCCAAACAUUCCUUCGGCAUGGAGAACCAAACGGAUAUCUAUUUACAAAAAUCCCAUACCAACUGUAUCUAUCAACAUUGCCUUCAAACUUACUGGGACAAAAUGGGCAAUUUUUUGCAGCACAAUGAGGAAAAGAUCCAAUUGGCUAAACGAUCUCUAUUUCAAAAACGAUUGGUAAUAAAGGUUCUAGGAGGUUUGAAGAUAAUAGACUUAUCUCUUUAUGACAUUCCUCCCUUUAAUGGUGUCCUUUUAUAUCAUGACGAAUCCCCUUUUAUUAACACUGUCACAAAUGCCCCGCUGCCGAUCAUUCUGCUCGAUUUUUCCGAAUAUUUCUAUCAUUAUACUGAACUAACACCAAAUGGCGUUACUAACAAUACCUCCGUAUCAAAGAGAAACAAUAAUUUGGUAUUUUGCGAAAAUUUGCCAGUUCCCAACUCGACAGUUAUAUGCGAGGCACAAGCUUUGCGAUUCAUAUGCCAUUAUGACAGUUUGGCUUGGAUUUGUCCAUUAGUAAUAUCUGCGUCAUCUCUAUGGAAUUCUUAUUCGUUCGAAGUUAGAUACCAUACCGAUACAUAUAUAAAAGUCAAAAAUCCAAAAAUUAUUAUGCUAUCCCAUGACGAUAAUUUUUUGCGAUGCGGUAAAGACUAUUGUCCUUACAACGCUGAAGCUUUUUUCGAAAUCAUUAUAAUUCAUAAUUUCAAUAUGAAUGAUGAGGCUAAAAUAAAAUCCUCAAAUUGCGUAACCGAAACUAAAUACGGGAAUUCUGGUUACCGCGAAAAUAUAGAGGAGAAAUUUUGUCUUAAAACUUACGUUAAAAAGAUUAAAGAAGCUAUGGAUUCAUUCCCCAUCGACCCUUUUAGAUUUCCUGAAAGAGAGAAAGAUUACGACAAAAAACUCAUACCCAGAAUAAAUUUAGAGAAAUUUUGUGAUACUUUUUAUCCAAACUUUUCUACUAAGGUGGUUCAAAACGAAGCAAUGAACUCCAGGCAAAAAUCGAAAGAUAUCAACGUGGACAAUACAGAAAAGAAAAAAUUAUUUUGGGAAUUAUCUUACAUAGAUAAAUGGAUAGUCAACGCCGAUAAUUUUGAGCUUCGCUUCGUGGAUAUAAUAGACGACGAAUGUAUUUCUAAAACCCUAUCACCUUGUUGCCCGUUAUUUCAACCCUUACGUUUACGAAUAUGGCUUGUCCCUUUCGCCGUUACCAUCAAAGGCAAUCGAUUAUUGAUACCUCCACUCAACCUGAAAAAUAAUCAAGUCCCUGACAGCAACUCAUUCGAAUACGCACUGCAAAUGAAUUACUCCUCGGUUCCUGGGUUCGAACACUUAAUCACUAAUAAGACCUACACCGAAAGCACGAAAGUGGAUAACCGCCACCACUACCCUCUAACUCGGACCGAGAAUGAAGUUGGCCAGAAAUUCUGCGGCGAUCCCGAUCUGGCUUAUUUUGAUUAUCGGGCCUUGUGUCGAGUAGCUUCUCAGUUAAAUCCGCAAGAUGACGCUUUGGAGAUUCAUCUCUCUCAUGCCACAUACACCUGCCUCAACAUGAUCAUAGAUAAUCUUUCCGAUCUAACCGAUUGUAUUAAUUCCUUAACGAAUAAGAAGCUGGAUGAUGGGGAAAAUCUUAAUGACCGAGUUAUUACGCUAACUCCAGAUAAACCAUCACUGAAACAUGCUAUAGACAAUGAGGUUAUCACUGUUAAAAUGAGCCUUUUUCUCGAAGACAUUAAUUUCAAGCUGUAUCCGGACCUUGAUUCAAACCAAAUUACUCAACAAAGCAAAGUUCCCCAGUCAAAGAAUUCUAAACAAUUUAAUUCUUCGCCCAUCUAUUUUUUGGAUCAGAGUAAUAUUCCUCAAAGCGCCGAUGCAGCCAUUUCUUCUAAAAAAUUUAAAUACAAAAGCAUCAUAUCAAAUAGACUAGAUCAACGUCAAUCAUCCCAAAUCUUUGAAACCUUCGACAUACAUAGUAGUCUAAUUGAUAACGUAAGUAAGUACAUCGAGACUGGAACAGACCCAUUAAACGAACUCACAUUGGAUCAAUCGCAAAAUACUAAAGAAUCGAUAACCUCAACUAAUCCCAUCCCAUAUUCUAACGUAAAACACUUCGCGUUUUUUACCCUUAAUAGAAGCCUAAUCGACAUAGAUAUUUGGAAGAAUUUGAACAAUUCAACGGGGACGGGUGAAACUUGUUUUGAUUUCAAAAUGUGGACUCAUCGAGCUAAGCUUCACGAUAAAAUUUCUGACAAUUUUGAUGUAUCCACCAAAACAGACACAGACCCCGAUUACACACAACUGCAAUCUAGUUUCGAUAACUCUAAAUCCAAUGAUAAGCAUAAGAGAGUCUUUUUGAAACUCCGAGCUUGUUAUAACCCAUCGUUGUCUCGACCAAUCCUUCAAUUACUCAUAGGACCGAGUCUCUUACAAAUCAAUCCACACGUCAAAUUAAAUCAAGAUUUUCAACUGAUUUCUAGUCAAACACUUACUCUUAUUGCAGAACUUCUAUCCACCGGCAACCUAAACAAUGAGAAAAAAAAUUCUUACAAGACGCCUUCUCCCUUUUCUCUUUUUAUCAAUGUCGAAAGAGAACCUAUUCAAUUAAAGUUGAUAGGAACAAAAUUAUCUGAUGAUAAAGAUACUAGCAAUGAUGUUACGACCAAGGAAAAUCCUAAUGAAUUCAUGUUAAAAUUAGAACCCUUUGUGCUUUAUAGACUGGCUGAGGACGAUGUUACCGUUUUAACAAAUGUUCACGAUAUCAAAAAUAAAAUAUUUUCCCGAUACAUUACUGAAAUGAUCGAUCACGAAAAUGAGGGAGAUGAUUUGGCGAAAUUGCGAAAAGAAAAUCAAUUAUUGCGACAAAAAUUGUCCGAAUUGGGAUAUGGCAUUGACGCGAAAAGAUUUGAUUGAUACUACUACGAUUCUCAGAUAUUUUGAUGCGAGUUCAUAUAAAUGUUUAACUUCAUUACUCCACAUUAAAUUAUUUCCUGUUUUUAGUAAAUAAUUUUUAAUACCCUCCUUUACCACUCAUCUAGCUCAUAAGGGGCCAAAAAAAUUUAUAAGUUCGAUGGCUUUAUUUUCGAAUUUUCAAUGUUCAUUUUUUUGCCUAUAUCUUUUAAUUAUUUAUAUUAAAUGUAAUAAUAGUUUUUAAAAAUUGAUCUAAUCCAUCAUUGUAAAUUGAUAUCAAAUCGCAUAGUAAACUUAUAUACCAUACACUUCAUUAUAUAAAUUUCAAAACAAAACUAAAGAAUAUAUUUUUAUCAGUUGAAUAUUAAUAAUUUAAAAAUCCACCAACGUUAAAUUAUAUUUAAAGCCUUAUCA